CUAUUAAUUGUGAACUUGAUCAGGGUAUACUCCAUCUAGUGGAUCCUAUCUAGGAAAUAAGCCUAUUCUUGCUCAAGGUGAAUAUCUUUUGGUAAGGCGAACUGAUAUGCGCCUAAUAUCAAAUAUUGGAGAUUUUCACGUAAAGAGUACGGGACAACUUUAUUUGACAACUAUUCGUUUAAUUUUUGUUGCGGAUGCUCCGUCAAGCGAUUUUAAGUCACUUGAUGUUCCCUUGCUGCUGAUUCGAAAUGAAAAGUUUAACAUGCCUAUUUUUGGAUGUAAUAACCUUUCGUUUGUGGUUGUUCCUCAAACUUCAUGGGGUUACGGCUCUCAGUUCAACUGUAAACUGGAGUUCAGAAAAGGAGGAGCUCAGACCUUUUUACGUAUUUUCUGGAAGGUUAUGUCUGGCGUGAACGAAGUCCGAGAGUGCCAUGACCGUAACUCGAUUCCUUCGUCUGUUCGGGACAUCGCUUCGGGUUCUUUUGUGAGCCAAGUCUUCGUGGAUCCGACGGAUCCUUCCUACGUGUACACAACCCAACCUUGCCAGCCAACGGUUGCUUUGCCGGUCAAUUAUCCUGUUCCUAUGUACUACACCAUUCCUCAAGCGGUGCCUGUCGAGCCUACCUAUGUCCAGCCUGCUCCUGCGCAGCCCACCUAUGUCCAGCCUGCUCCCGCGCAGCCUGUGUAUACUCAGCCUUCACCUGCUCAACCCGUUCCUGCGCAGCCCACCUAUGUCCAGCCUGUGUAUGCUCAGCCCUCGCCUGCGCAGCCCACCUAUGCUCAGCCCUCGCCCGCUCAGCCUGCUUAUGCUCAGCCCGCUCAGCCUGCCUAUGUCCAACCUGUGUAUGCUCAACCUGCUCCUACCCAGCCUGUGUAUGCUCAGCCCAUUGCUACUCAGCCUGUGUACAACCCUAAUCCCUCUCCAAAUCAGCCCGCAUAUGCCCCGCCUGCUUAUGCUGCUCAGCCUGCUCAGCCUGCUCAGCCUGCUCAGCCUGCUCAGCCUGCUUACCCUCAGCCCGUGUACACGCCCCCAAGCCAGAAUACAGCUCACUGAGCCAUCCAACGCACCCAAGCUCCCUGAUACGUUGAUCGAGGAGCAGCGAAAAAAGCGCUUUUAACUU